CUGAGUAGGAAAGAUGGGGAGAACAACAGGGAGAAAUAAAGAUUUUUGAUUUGGGACACGUUAAGUCUGAAGUCUGUUAGACACUAAAUGAAGCUUCCAGUUGGCAACUGGGUUCCUUGGUCUGGUGCUCAGGGAAGAGGGGCCAGAGUAUCUGAAGAGUCACCUGCCCAGUUGUGUGUCUCCUCUGCCACCUCACAGCACUGCCCUCUUUGUGCUUCCCCCACAGGGUCCUAGCUGUUACACUGAAAUGAACCCCCAGCACGCCUCCAUCUGCCAUGGCCACCCUUAACGCAUCCUUUACCACUGGCACCACUCCAUCCCCUGGACACGAUGCCCCAUCCCUGCCUCCGGACAUUUCCUCCCCCAGCACCCCCUCUGAUUCUGUCACCAAAGAUCCCCCUGCUGCCCCCUCCAACUCUGACAGCAUGAGGCCCUCGGAGCCAGGGGGACAGCCCCUGGAGUCAGGCUGUGGCCUUGUCCCACCAAAGGAGAUUGGGGAGCCCCGGGAAGAGCCUGGCUGUGGUGGCUUCCCACCAAAGGACCUGGGGGUGGGAGAAGACAAGGAGCAGGAGGAGGAAGGAGGGCUCCCUCCUGUGGACCUACGUAACCACUUACUCUUCACAGCUGGUGGUGAGGCCUGCCUAGUGGCCAAGCUGUCCCUGCCAGGUGCCAGUGAACUCCUGUUACCAAAGGGCUUUUCCUGGGGUGAGGGGGGCAUCAAGGAAGAGUCCAGCCUGUCCCUCCUUGCCCACUCACCCCCUGCACACCUCACUGUCCUUCAUAUCCAACAUGGCUUUGACCCGAUCCAAGGCUUUAUCUCUUCUGACCAAAUUCUGUCCCACGAUACCUCAGUGCCAUCUCCGGCCGCCUAUGAGGGAAGGGAUGGAGUCUUCUGGAGCUACCAGCUGGCUCCAAACCCCCCCGGAGAUCCCAAAGACGGCCCCAUGGGGAGCAGGGCGGGAGACCACAGGGCCCUCUUCUGGCUCUGCCUCCUGUGCCGCCUGGGUUUCAGCAGGCCCUGGGCCUUCAUGGGCCACACACAGUCUCACGGGGUGAAGCUAACCCCUAUCCAACACCAGGGCCUGCCAGGCAACCCAGCCGUGCUCCAGGAGGGGGACAAGGGCUGCGUGGCCCUCCUAAGCUUUCUGGAACCAAAAUCACCUACUUGCUCCCCUUUGAAAAUAGCCCUUGACAACAGCAGCACAGUGAACAUGGAGGCGAAUAUAGACCAGGCUGAGGAUGGCCCCCCUGAGGCAGAAGCCCAGGCCCCUGUCCUGUCCGCAGAAGAUGUCAUGGCCCUCAGCCCACCCUCCCCCUCCACAACCCUGGUCACCUGGGACUCCAGCCCAACCCAAGCCAAAGACUUGCCAAUGGCAGCCGGCGAGGCAGGGCCAGAUUGGUUCCAUGAGAGGCAAGAAGAGGAUGGAGGGCUCUGCCCCCGACUCAACCAAAGCUCAUCCACCUCCAAGGAUGGGGGCACUCUCCCUGCCCCAGUGGGCUCCCCUGAAGACCCCAGUGACACACCCCAGCCCUUCCGCCUGGCUGACGACUACACCCCAGCCCCUGCAGCCUUCCAGGGCCUUAGCCUGUCUAGCCACAUGUCUCUGCUCCACUCGCGCAAUUCCUGCAAAACACUCAAGUGUCCCAAAUGCAACUGGCACUACAAGUACCAGCAGACCCUAGAUGUACACAUGCGGGAAAAGCACCCGGAGAGCAACAGUCACUGCAGCUACUGCAGCGCAGGGGGCGCCCACCCCCGCUUGGCCCGGGGAGAGAGCUACAACUGCGGCUACAAGCCCUACCGCUGUGACGUCUGCAACUACUCCACCACCACCAAGGGCAACCUUAGCAUCCACAUGCAAUCCGACAAGCACCUGGCCAACUUGCAAGGCUUCCAGGCGGGGCCCGGGGGGCAGGGAAGUCCCCCGGAGGCCUCACUCCCACCCUCUUCAGGAGACAAGGAGCCCAAGACCAAAUCAUCCUGGCAGUGCAAGGUGUGCAGCUAUGAGACCAACAUCUCUCGAAACCUGCGCAUCCAUAUGACCUCCGAGAAGCACAUGCAGAAUGUCCUCAUGCUGCACCAGGGGCUGCCGCUGGGCCUGCCACCUGGGCUGGUGGGGCCAGGCCCCCCUUCCCAGACAGGAGCUGCCCCCACCACCCCCUCUGAGCUCUUCAAGUACUUUGGACCGCAGGCCCUAGGGCAGCCUCAGGCACCCUUGCCUGGCCCUGGGCUGAGGCCAGAUAAGCCCCUGGAAGCUCAGCUGCUGCUCAAUGGCUUUCACCACCUCGGAGCGUCUGCCCGCAAGUUCCCCACACCUGCCCCUGGCAGCCUCUCCCCGGAUGCCCACCUGCCUCAAAGUCAGCUCCUGGGCUCCUUGUCUGACAGCCUGUCCACCUCACCACCCCCAGAUGACAGCCCAUCCCUGAAGGUGUUCCGCUGUCUGGUGUGCCAGGCCUUCGGCACAGACAGCCUGGAGCUGCUGCUCUACCACUGCAGUGUGGGCCGCAGCCUCCCAGAGGCCGAGUGGAAGGAGGUGGCUGGUGACACCCACCGCUGCAAGCUCUGCUGUUACGGCACCCAGCUCAAGGCCAACUUCCAGCUCCACCUCAAGACUGACAAACAUGCUCAGAAGUACCAGCUAGCAGCCCACCUGAGGGAGGGGGGUGGGGCCAUGGGCACCCCCUCCUCCGUGCCCCUGGGAGAUGGGGCUCCUUAUGGGUCUGUCCCUCCUCUGCACUUGCGCUGCAAUAUAUGUGACUUUGAGUCCAACAGCAAGGAGAAGAUGCAGCUACAUGCCCGGGGUGCGGCCCAUGAAGAAAAUAGCCAUAUCUAUAAGUUUCUGCUGGAGAUGGAGGGGGCAGCGGCUGGGGCUGAGCUGGGGCUGUUCCGCUGCCUGCUGUGCACAUGGGAGACGCCCUCGCGCCUGGCAGUGCUGCAGCACCUCCGUGCACCAGCGCACCGUGACGCCCAGGCCCAGCAGCGGCUGCAGCUGCUACAGAGUGGCCCUGCAGCUGAGGAAGGGCUCGCAGCUCUUCAGGGCAUCCUGAGCUUCAGCCAUGGGCAGCUCCGGACUCCUGGGAAGACUUCUGCCACCCCCUUACCUGAGAAAGAUGCCCCAAACAAGAUGGAACAACUGGCUUCUGAAGAGGCGGAGAACAAGACUGACCUUGCUGGAGAUAGUGCUAACCAGACCACGGCGUUCUGCUGUCCCUACUGCAGCUUCCUGAGCCCAGAGUCUGACCAGGUGAAGGCUCAUGCACUCUCCCAACAUGCACUGCAGCCUAAGUACAGGUGCCCGCUGUGCCAGGAGCAGCUGAUGGGUCGGCCCGCCCUGCAGUUCCACCUUAGCCACCUUCACAACGUGGUGCCUGAGUGUGUUGAGAAGCUGCUGCUUGUGGCCACGACUGUGGAGAUGACCUUUACGACCAAGGUGCUGCCAGGGCCUACUCUAAGCCCUCUGGGAAAUGACCCAGAUCCCCCUGUUCCUGGGCCAGAGCCUGUGCCCAGUACAGACCAGACAGUAGAAGGCCCUCACCUGACCCCGGAAACCAGUCCUGAUCCUCUUCCUGAGCCUCCCACACCCUCAGCUGAGGCCCCUGACAAGCCCAUGGGAAGCCCUGACCAGCCCCCUUCUCCAGUCCCUCAGCUUGAUGCACCAGCUGAAGAAAUGGCUCCUCCUCCCACCAUGGCUGAGGAGGAAGAGGGGAUGGUUGGGGAGCCCCACCCUGCAGAGCCAGCUCCACCUGACUCUCGCCACCCUCUGACCUAUCGGAAGACCACUAACUUUGCCCUGGACAAGUUUCUUGACCCUGCACGGCCCUAUAAGUGCACUGUGUGCAAGGAGUCCUUCACGCAGAAGAAUAUCCUCUUGGUCCAUUAUAACUCUGUCUCCCACCUGCACAAGAUGAAGAAGGCUGCCAUUGACCCCUCUGGCCCUACCAGAGGAGAAGCUGGUGCCUCACCUACCACUGCUGCGGCCACCGACAAGCCCUUUAAAUGCACAGUCUGCCGAGUCUCCUACAACCAGAGCUCCACCCUGGAGAUUCACAUGCGCUCAGUUCUGCACCAGACUCGCUCUCGAGGGGCCAAGACUGACGCCAAGGCUGAGGGGCCAGAGCGUGGCCAAGAAGAGCCCAAGGAAGGGGAGGCUGAGGGGGAGGUGGGCGCUGAGAAGAAGGGCCCUGACUCCAGUGGCUUCAUAUCUGGCUUGCCUUUCCUGUCCCCUCCCCCACCUCCCCUGGACCUGCACGGGUUCCCAGCCCCCCUCUUUACCCCACCGGUCCUGCCCCCCUUCCCUCUGGUGCCCGAAUCACUGCUUAAGCUCCAGCAGCAACAGCUGCUCCUGCCCUUCUACCUCCAUGACUUCAAGGUGGGGCCCAAGCUGGCUCUGGCUGGGCCUGCACCCCUCUUGUCCUUGCCAACUGCCACCCCUCCUCCCCCACCCCCACAGGCUGAGCUUUCUGAGCCAGAGUGGGAGCGACCCCCCAUGGCUGAAGAGGGGAAUGAGGUAGGGCCCAUCUCACCCCUACACCCAAUGCCCAAUGAAGCAGCCCGCACUGCAGCCAAAGCCCUUCUUGAAAACUUCGGCUUUGAGCUGGUGAUCCAGUAUAAUGAAGGGAAGCAGGCUGGGCCCCCUCCCCCAGCCCCACCCCCACUGGAGGCCCUGGGGGGUGGGGACAAGCUGGCCUGUGGGGCCUGUGGUAAACUCUUCUCUAAUAUGCUUAUCCUCAAGACACAUGAGGAGCAUGUCCACCGCCGCUUUCUGCCCUUUGAGGCCCUGAGCCGUUAUGCUGCUCAGUUUCGAAAGAGCUAUGAUAGCCUCUAUCCACCCCCUGCAGAGCCCCCCAAACCUCCUGAUGGGUCUUUGGAUUCACUUGCUCCCCAGCUGGGCCUUCCCUUCCUGGUCCCAGAGCCUGAUGCAGGGGUGGUGCGUCCUGCUGAGGAGCGAAGCCGGGCGGGAGGACUCUGGCCCCCAGAGGAGGAAGAAAUCUCCAAAGGAAAUCUUCUCCCACUAGUGCCACCAGGCCGCCGGUUCUCCAGAACCAAGUUCACAGAGUUCCAGACCCAGGCCCUGCAGUCUUUCUUUGAGACCAGUGCCUACCCCAAGGAUGGAGAGGUGGAGCGGCUCGCAAGUCUUCUGGGCCUGGCUAGCCGUGUAGUGGUAGUGUGGUUCCAGAAUGCCCGCCAGAAAGCACGCAAAAAUGCCAUUGAGGCUGGGCCUGUGCCAACAGGUGUUGGGGGAGCCUCCAGCUGCAGGCGCUGCCAUGCCACCUUCUCCUGUGUUUUUGAGUUGGUACGGCACCUCAAGAAAUGCUAUGACGACCAUCCCCCUGAAGAAGAGGAGGAAGAAGCAGAGAGAGGGGAAGAUGAAGAAGAGGUAGAGGAGGAAGAUAUAGAAGAGGAACCCCUAGCAGGGCCCGACGGCCCCUCCCUAGAACCUCCAGACAGGGAAGAGCCAAGCCAAGCAGAGGCAACAAAGCCAGGAGGCAAAGAGCCAGAAGGGAGGGCCAUCCCUCCCUCACCUUCCCUAGUCCAAACCUGUGACCAGUGCACCAUGUCUUUCCCCAGCCAGGACCUCCUGACCAGUCACCGCCGGCUACACUUCCUGACAUCUGUGCAGCCCAGUGCUGCCCCCCACCUCCUGGAUCUGCCUCUGCUGGUGUUUGGAGAGCGAAACCCCCUGGUGGCAGGCACACCACCAGUGCCAGGACCACCCCUUAAACGGAAACAUGAUGAUGGCAGCCUGUCUCCCACAGGCAGUGAAGCAGGGGGUGGAGGGGAGGGCGAGCCCCCCAGGGACAAGCGCCUGCGAACCACCAUCCUGCCAGAGCAGCUAGAGAUCCUGUACCGUUGGUACAUGCAGGACUCCAACCCAACGCGCAAGAUGCUCGACUGCAUCUCCGAGGAGGUGGGGCUCAAAAAGCGAGUGGUGCAGGUCUGGUUCCAGAAUACCAGGGCCCGGGAGAGGAAAGGCCAGUUUCGAAGUACCCCCGGGGGGAUGCCCAAUCCAGCAGUCAAGCCCUCUGUCACACCUGCCUCUGCAGCCUUCCCCAAGUUCAACCUCUUGUUGAGCAAGGUAGAUGAAAGGACUGGGAGGGAGGCCCCAAAGAGGGAGGCACCUGCUUUUCCCUAUCCCCCAGUCACCCCUGCUGCCAGGCCCCUACCCUUCCUACCGCCUGGGAAGGAGGCCCCCAUCCCAGUGCCAGAGCCACCUUUACCUCUCCCACCUCCCCUCCAACCCAGUGAGGAUGAGGGCCCAGAGGAACUGACUAAAGCAUCUCCAGAGAUCGAGGCUUGCAGUCCAUCUGCAGGGGAUCUAAGUGAUUCAUCUGCUUCCAGUCUGGCCGAACCAGAGUCCCCUGGGGCUGCAGGGAACAGUGGGGGACCAGGAAGUGGGGCUGGGGUUCCAGAUGGAAUGGGGCAGCGGCGCUACAGGACCCAGAUGAGCAGCCUACAGUUGAAGAUCAUGAAAGCCUGCUAUGAAGCCUACCGCACCCCCACCAUGCAGGAGUGUGAGGUGCUGGGGGAGGAGAUUGGGUUGCCCAAGAGAGUCAUCCAGGUCUGGUUCCAGAAUGCUCGUGCCAAGGAAAAGAAGGCCAAACUGCAGGGGGCAGCUGCUGGUGGGGCAGGGGGCAGCAGUGAGGGCCCCUUGGGAGCCCAGCGCACCAACUGCCCCUACUGUGAUGUCAAGUAUGAUUUCUAUGUCUCCUGCCGAGGCCAUCUCUUCUCCCGCCAGCACCUGGCCAAGCUGAAGGAGGCAGUCCGAGCCCAGCUGAAGAGUGAAAGCAAGUGCUACGACUCAGCCCCAGCACUGGAGACACCCCAGGCCCCCAAGGCCCCACCUGCUGCCACACCCGCCUCUCUGCCCCUCAGGGCUGCCCCAGCCCUGCCUCGCCUGGCCCCAGUUCUUUUGUCUGGCCCAGCUCUGGCCCAGCCUCCAGUGGGUGGCUUAGCUCCUUUCAAUUCAGGUGAUGGCUGAUCCUUCAUCACUCCUCUCACCUCCCCAGGCCCCCUCGGCCUUGCCGCUCCGGUCCUGCCUACUACCACAGUGGUCCAGACUGCUGGCCCAGGCUGCCCCUUACCUCAGAGACCCAGGCCCGACCAACCCAACACCUCCACAGCUGCCACCACUGACCCUGCCCCGGGGCCACCUACUGAGCCCUCUGGGGACAAGGUCUCUGGUGAGCGAAAGCCAGUUACAGUCCCCACCAACUCCUCCACUGAUGCCUUCAAGAACUUCAAAGCAUUGAAGGCCACUGUCCCAGCCCUGUUGGGGGGCCAAUUCCUGCCCUUCCCGUUGCCCCCUGCAGGGGGAACCACACCACCAGCUGUCUUUGGCCCCCAGUUACAGGGGGCCUACUUCCAACAGCUCUAUGGCAUGAAGAAGGGGCUAUUUCCCAUGAACCCUGUGAUACCUCAGACCCUCAUUGGACUGCUCCCCAGUGCCCUCCUCCAGCCCCCAGAGCCCACAGCCACGGCACCUCCAAAGCCUCCAGAACUGCCUGCUGCAGGGGAUGGGGAGGCUGAUGAGCUGCUGACAGGCAGCACUGGCAUCUCUACCGUGGAUGUGACCCACCGCUACCUGUGCCGCCAGUGCAAGACGGCAUUUGAUGGGGAGGCCCCAGCCACUGCUCACCAGAGGUCCUUCUGCUUCUUUGGGCGGGGCUCUGGGGGCUCCGCGCCCCCCCCACUGCGGGUGCCCAUCUGCACUUACCACUGCCUGGCGUGUGAGGUGCUGCUAAGUGGGCAUGAAGCCCUGGCCUCCCACCUGCGCUCCUCGGCCCACAGGCGCAAGGCGGCCCCACCCCCAGGGGGCCCACCUGUCACCAUCACCAACGCCGCCACUGCUGCCUCAGCUGCUGUGGCUUUUGCCAAAGAGGAAGCAAGAUUACCUCACACGGACUCCAACCCAAAAACUACUACUACCUCUACACUUCUAGCUUUAUGAACAGAUAAACCAAGAUGGGAGGAGCGGGGAGGGCCUCAGGGCUCCCUCUCUUCCCCCAAGGGGUGUUUGAUGGGAGCACAAGUCCCUCACCCCCACCCUUGGCUCUGCCCACCUCACAGGACUCUCAGUUCCUGCCCUCAGUGGGCUUCACACACCCCACUUCCAGCAGAGUCCUGCCUCCUCCCCUGCCCCAGACACAGACUGAUCCUCCAUGGCUCCUUGCCCCAGAAUUUCAGGCACCAUCCCUUCCUGCCACCCUGAUGAUUCAUCACGUCCGCCCUGCCCACCAUACACAAAAUCUUCCUCAUUCCAUCUUCCUACACCUCUUCCCCACUGAAUCCCCCGUCGCUGCAACUUUCAUAAACACAUGCAAGUACAUGUUAUCCCAUGUUGUUCCACUGACUGAGAAAACACCAAAAAAAAGGAAGAAAA